AUCAAAAAGUGCACGCUAAAUCUCGGCCGCGGCGAACCUAUUCACUGAGUGGCGACGUGGAAGACACGCCUCUGGACGGCCGUAGCCGGCCUGCAACGGCGCGCGAGAAACCGCCGCGCGUAUAGCGAGCAGCAGCAAAAACCGCGGGGCGGCGCCUCACAGCCCAAAAAGAAACCAUGACCACGGAGCUCAACCGCGACGCGCCCCUCUACGAGGCCGAGCUGCCCGUCCGUCUUGUUGGAGAGGACGCGGCCGUCGUCGAGGGCGAGCGCCAACUCACGAUCCGCCUCCUCGAGGGCACGCGGCCGUUAGGACAGACGGAGACGCCAGUCCCCAAUUCGAGCGACGGCGCGGCGGGCCGCGAAAGACUACUUCAUUUAGAAGUGGCCGACGCCCAGGACCCCUACUUUCUCUAUGCUCUAGCGGUCGGCGAGGGCGACUUUCACGCGAUGAGGCGGGAGCACGCGUUACUCGUGGACUUCGCGGCCUUCCCCCAGCACUUUGUGGAUUUGCUCAAAAGGUGCGAGGGGCCCCAACGAGGGGAAUCUACUUUUUGUGCUGCUCUGGAGAGGCCGUGGCGAGGGGCCGCGAAGUUCGCGGUCGUCGAGGCCAACGCCUUCAAGCAGGUCGAGCACGUCGGUUUAGGUGUGGUUCAGGGUGACGACCACAUGCUGAAGGCCUAUCUGGCGGGUCGACUCGCUCAGGCUUUGUUAGAUAAUAGACGGUCCGUGCAAGCUUUACAAGAAACAACCCUAAAGCGCGAUAGCAACGGCGACGAGGUCCAGCAGUUGUUGUCGGAGAAAGAAGCGCUAGAAGAUCAAUUGAGAGAGCACGCGGCGUCAGCUGCUGCUCAAUUGCGAGAAGCUGAAGCUACGUAUAAGAGUCGGGAGGCCGACGCCGUCGCGCAAGCGCGGAAGAUCGCGGCCGACGAACUGAGGGCUGAGCGGGACCGGUCCCAGCAGCAGGCCGACGCCGCGCGGACGGCGCUCUUCGACGCGCGCGAGCGCGCCGACGCGGCCGAGAUUAGAUCUAGGGAGGCGGAGGCGACAUCAGCUCAGGCCCGGUCGGCGCUGGAAGCCACGAAAGUGCGCGUCGAGGCCACGGAUGCUGAGAACGCUAGACAAGCGGAAGCCUUGAGGUGCGCGGAGCAAGAGCGCGACGGCGCCGUCGCGACGUCACGAGGCCUGGAGAUCCGACUCGCUGCUUUAGAACAGCGGGCGGAAAAUGCGGAGGACACGGUGAAGCGCGCCGACGCUGCUAGAAAGCUCGCGGACGAGGCGUCGCAGCGCGACGCGGAUCUGAGGGAAGAUUUGAAGAGGCGAUUGGAGAACCGGGAGCAGCAGCUCCAAGCUGCUGCUGCCGAAAUCACGCGGGGCAACGCCAUCAUCGAAAGGCUGUCGGAGCAAGCGCGAGCGCAACAGCAGAAACUACGGUUAAGGGCAGACGUCGUAAAACAGCAGGAGCGCCGCGUCGCCGACGCGCGCCGCGACCUCGAUUCGGCAAAGCACGAGAAGGAGCUCGCCGUCGCCGACAGUCGUAGAGAGCAGGACAAGCGCCAGCAGGCCGAGAAAGAUUUGGAGCAGGCCAAUAAGAAGCUCGACGAGGCGGCGGAUCUCCUCGAGCACAACCAGCGCGUGAUCCAGUGGUUGAAUUCGGAGCUGCAUGAACAUCAAGUUGGAAGUAGGAAGACGGCGAUGCCUUCCGUCGUCUCGCCGGGUGACGUCACAGCCACCAAAGAUCUCACGGGCGAAUCGGCUCCGGAUGACUCUGUGGAUGCGGCGGCGGACUACUUCGCCAAGUAUGGUGGCGUUUCGAGUGAGGCGGACACGGCCUCUUCCGCAAAAGACUCGUCGUUCCUGGGACGGAGCGGGAGCGGAAGCCAGUCGUUCCUGCGCGAGCCCGGCGAUCGGGCCGGAGAGGACUACGCGCAGGCGCCGGCCGCCUUCUUCUAGGAGCCUCCCCACCCCCUUGAUAAAUUUUGGCUCCUA